CAUCAACAUCGUGGCAGCAGAAGCAGAAGCCACUCGCGCGCUCAACACAGGCAGCCGUUAAGCUGAAAUUUCGAUCGUAACUUUGCAGUUGACUGUUGCGCACGGAAGCGUUCGGAAGUGGAAUAUAUUUUAUUAAUAAUAUUAACGUCUGCUGUCUCUCCUAAGCAGAACCCCCCACAGCCCCCCUCCAACCAACCAAGCAAAAACAAAACACAAAAGUACCCGACACCAGGCAGCUCCAGCGAACGAUACAACACCAACCAAUCUGAAGUCGAAGAAAUACCGACUUGUUCGCAUACGGUUUUUUACUUGCUCACUAGCAACUGAAGCUUGGCUUAUUUAGUUUCUUACCAGUCACCGAGCACGCACCAACAAGUAGUCAAGUUCUCCGCCUAACUACGCGCGUCAACGCUGUCUUUUUUUCGCUUUACCAUCAAAAAAAUAAAAAAAGAAGCACAAAUCGUGAAUCAACGAAAAAAUACAUAAUUGUCAGCAACAACAACAACAAUUAAAAAACUUGGUUUUUUAAUUUCAAUUGCAAACAAAAAAUUGAAUUUUGUUUGCAUUGAAGAAAAAUAAUAAAAGAAAAAUUAAAUCGAAUAUCAAUAACAACUACCAGAUACACGUUUAACGAUCUUGUCUCUCAAACGUGUUGCAGUUGUGUAGAGGACUCAAAUACGGUAGCAGUUUGAAAAUAUUAAAAUACCUCUCAUCAAUAAAACGCCAAGUAAAAGAAAAUUAAAAGCUAACUUUACGAUUUUGCGAAGCGGUUAUCGAAAGUUUAACCAAAGCAGAAGUUGCAAGCCAAGAAAUAAGAAAUUUUUGUGAACAAGAUCGUUUUUGUCUACCUUAACCCACAACAAAAAAACCAAACGAAGAAAAGAAAACACUGAAUGAAUUUCAAAAACGCACCAAUCAAAUAAUAGACGAAAACAGAUAUUUUCAAGUGUUUAAAAUAGAGCAUUUCGAAAUACGCCCACAUUCAACACCACACAGCCAAUAACAUUUCUAAAUUGAAAACGAUCUUCAAGAGACGGCAACAACAACAACAACGGACAUAGAUAAAACCACAACAACCACCACCAUUCAGGCAUUCAUCCACCAACAAUAUCACCUUUGAGCAACAACCACCACCGCCACUGCCGUCGCCUUGGCCAUAAGAGUAAAAGAAAGAAAAAAUCUCGCAAACGCCAUAACAAAGUAUUUUCGUGUUUGAAACACACCACCAAACGCCACAAGAAAAAAAGUAAAAACUAAAGGUGUUUAAAUCACCAUUUGAAGUAACACAUCAGUCUGUCAGCAGCUGCUGCAUAACGCGCUUGUUAUCUCUCUGCGUAGCCCGAAAGAAAUAAAAUCAAAAAAGAAAAAAAAAAAAUCGUUCCUAGCUAUUUAAGGUGCACCCUAUAUUGCCACACACAAAAGCUGGCCAGAACGAAAAGAAGUUGAAGUAGAAGAAACGACUUGUAUUUUUUCGACCAUAAAUACAAAUUGCUGAAAAGCCACACACACCGAACCCACAGAUCGCAGCCAAUCAUCGUCGUUGCGGUGGAAGCUAAGCCAUAAACCGCAUAUCAUUUUGCUGGACAACUAGGAAAACAAGAAGAGAUUAACCGUGCCGCCGCCCGACAAUCGAUAACAUAAAUUUACGUUUGAGUGGAAUAAGGAGGAAAACAAAGUUUCCCUCCCCCAAAAUCCCCACCCAACCGCAAACAGCGGUCUUAUCUAAAACCACAACAGUGUUAAUACCAAGUUUUUUCACGUUCAUACAAAAGAACAAUAACAACGACAACCCCGAGAAUAGCAUUUGUUUUUUAUAAUUGUGAACAACAACAACUGAAAUUACUCAAUUACUCUCAAAGAGUAUUAAAGUACGACAGCAACACUAACACCAACACCGACCAACACAUUUAUCCGUUAAUCAACGGCAAGCAAACAAACACACCAUCUCAUUUGGUAAUCCCCCUCCCAGAGAAAAGAGAGUACCGACGACAUAAAACGACUGCUCUUUACUUUUAAUUGCAAGUGACAUUUUUUGUGUUCUUUAUUGUGAGAGUGUGCUUUUAAUCAACCACAGCAACAACAACGACAACAACUGCUAGCAAGCAAGAACAACAGUUAAGCCAACAACAAAGAAACAAGCAAACAAACAAAGCCACCACCAUGUUCGCUGUAAUGAGAAUCGACAAUGAUGACUGCCGGUCGGACUUUCGUCGCAAGAUGCGUCCGAAGUGUGAGUUCAUUUGCAAGUAUUGCCAGCGGCGUUUCACCAAACCCUACAAUCUAAUGAUCCACGAACGGACCCACAAAUCGCCCGAAAUCACCUAUUCCUGCGAAGUGUGCGGCAAAUAUUUCAAACAGCGUGAUAAUCUCAGACAGCACAGAUGUAGUCAGUGUGUCUGGCGAUAAAUAUCCUAUUAUACUGUAAAGCACUUCUUCUAUAUAUAUACAUAUUAUAAAAACAAACAAAAUAAAUAAAUUAAAGAGAAAUGGAAAUAAUAUGUAACAAAAACACCAACUACUCUAUAAAUAUAAAUACCGAUCAUGCACGCACGCACGCACGCAAAUCAUCAUCAAUAUGCACCCAACUACCCACCCACCAAUCAAGCAAUCACACAACAACAGCACACCCAUAUGUAUACAACAACAAUAUUUAUAUAGAAAAAAAAGCAAUAGCAACAAUGCCAUCAUGUAUGCCUUAAGUAAUGUCAUCAACAUCAUCAGCCAGCAUCAGUAGAUCGUCUUCUUCUGUUUUUUUUUUCUACACUGCUCCUACGUACAGACAGACCUAUUGUGAUCGUUGCCAUAACCAUGCGACCAUAUGUGUGCCUGAUGAAAUCAUGAUCAUUUCUCCUAGAUCAUCAAAGAUCUUGGAUUAUCAAAAGAUGAGCUACUUUGUGUUUUUGCUUCUCACUUUCACAAAUGGCUUUGGAUUUUUCAAAAUCUGAUGAAACUCAAAACUUUAAAAGACCAUAAAUGAGGCACAAGUGGGUGUCCAAGCGGCCCACAAGGUAGACAUAUGGAGAGGAGAAUGUAUUUUGUGAUUUAGUUUGAAGGUGAUGGGUUGCCAACAACAGCCACAACAACAACAACAAUAACGACAUAGAGACGAGCAAAUGGAUUGAUGACAUUGAUGCCACCAUGAAAUGAAAUUGGUUAUGGAGUUCAGCGUCUAAACUUGGGUUUACGGUUGUAUUUUUUAUGGAUGUUUUAUGGUUUAUGACACAGAAAUAGAAAAACACAAGUACACACACACACAAACUAUGUAAAUACUGGCUGGAAAGAUAGAAACACGAGCGCACAAACACACAUACCACCCACGUAAAUAGAUUUGGAAGCUUUUCUUUGAAUACCCAAGAAAUCAAGAGUAUUGCUAAAGUAAGAGCCCAAUUGAAUGUUAGCAGGAUCGAAAACCGCAUAAUUUAUUCCGAAAAAAGAAAAAAUAAAUUCGAAAAAAUCCUCAACAAAAAAAAAAAAAAAAAAAAUUGAAGCUUGAAAUGCGCAGGCGCAUUUUGUCAAAUAACCAACCAACCCACAGAUAAAAUUCAAAACAAACCAUCUCCCAAAAAUUAAAAAAAAAAUAUAUAUUCUUCGAAUUACAGAACCAUACAUCCAUAGAAUAAGGAAAGCAAAACCAGCAGCCUGCAAGGACCCAGAGCAAAUGAGCUUCAAAAACCAUAAAAAAAACAUUACGUCCUUUUCUCAACCACAACACCAGCAAAAUAACAACAACAAAAAAUCUUGCCCAAAAAACCACAGACUUGCCUUAUUCAUACAUAUGAGUGUUUUUCUAAAAAACCACAACAACAAAAAAAAAAAACUACAAUUUAAUGUUUAAACUAAAAUAAACGACAACAACAUGAAAUACAAGUAUUACUGUUAUUAUUAUUACCUUUAACUAUUUAGCUAUAAUUUUUACUAUAAUUUUUUUCUUCUCUAUUUUUU